UGGCUAAUGGGGCCACACGCAGUGCAGACGGCGUCAGGAGCGGCCGAGCAGGUCACGUUGCGAGCUGGUUAUCACUCGCCGCAGUUGGUUAGCGUGCUCGCAGCGCGCGGGGCGGCGGGCGCGCAAAGCUCGCGCCAGCAGGAAGUCACGAGGCGGCGCGGGGCGGCAGCUGGCUGCUCGCAUGACGGCCGGCACCGUCGCACCGUCGCUCGUGUGAACGUGGGCGCGGCCGGUGCGAUUGAACCGCGCUUCGGCAUCUCUCCGACAUGGAGCCCAGAGAAGUAAGAAAUGGAAAUCAGGACGAAAAAGUUGAUAUUGAAGAAGUCAUACCACUGAAAGUGCAGAAUGGAACACCUGUGAGGGACAAAAUUUUGGAAGAUGACACACUUAUUACAGACAAAACUGAAGACGCUUGCAUCAGACCUGUCCUUUUUGAGGAAGCCAUUGCCAGAACUGGUCAUGGCAGGUUCCACUACUUUCUUCUGUUCGCGUGUGGAAUGAGCCUGGUGUCGAUGAUCGUGGAACUCCUGUGCGUGUCGUACCUCAUGCCGGCAGCAGACUGCGAUUUCCAGAUGACGUCUGAAGACAAGGGCUUACUGAGCGCUGUGUGUUAUAUUGGUAUGAUCGCCAGUUCUCAUCUAUGGGGCUACCUGGCGGACACCCAAGGACGGAAGAAAAUACUAAUCAUCACGUUACUCUCAGAUUUUGUGUGUGCACUUGUCGGCAGUUUUGCACAUACAUUUUGGUUGUUUCUGAUUUUUCGUUUCUUCAAUGGUUUCUUUAUUUGUGGGCCGUCUGCAGUUGUGUACGUCUACCUGGGGGAGUUUCACACGACAGAGAACCGAGCCAGGGCUAUCAUAGUGGCCUGCGUAUUUAUUUCAAUUGGAAUCAUCAGUUUACCAGGCCUAGCGUGGCUGGUCAUCCCAAUGGAGUGGAGUGUCAGCUUACCGUGGGUCGCCUACAGACCCUGGAGGCUGUUCGUGGUCCUCUGUGGGAUCCCCAGCAUCUCGACCGCUUGCAUACUGUUUUUCCUACCGGAGAGCCCCAAGUACUACUUUGCAGUUGGCAAGGAAGAAGAAGCUAUCAAAGUUCUUCAGCAUGUGUUUGCCGUCAAUAGGCAGCGGGAACCAGAGGAGUACACUGUGCACGCCAUCCUGCAGGACUCCGCUCUGGAAGGAACGUCCUUCAGCCCCAGCCCCACGUCACAGGUGGACUACAAGCAGGGCAUACUGCAGCACAUCUGGACCCAGACGGCACCCCUCUUCAUGUCCCCGCACGUGUUCAACACGCUGCUGGCCUGCCUCAUCCAGUUCGGCAUCUACGCCAGUUUCAACAGUCUCCUGCUGUGGCUGCCGGACUUGUUCAACCGUAUAGAAGUGUACGCUGCGAACCACGCAAACCAGUCCGCCACCGUCUGCGAGAUCUUCUCCUCGGUGAGAAAUUUCAGCUCUCUUUCCAGCGACGCGAUCGAGGCACACACUUUUGGGGACUUGUCUGAGGUGACGAAUGUCACGGCCGGCCUCUCGGCAAACACUACCAAGCAAAUGAGUGCCGUACGCGAGCUGGCAAACAAAACUCUGGCCGGCGUGACGGAGGAACUCAACAUCACGAGCACGUGUGCUGGGCGUAUCAGCCCGUUGGUCUUCCAGAACACACUCAUCAUUGGACUGACCUCAGCUUUGGCGUACCUGCUGGUCGGGCAGAUUGUGAAUCACAUUGAAAACAAAAAGAUAAUAGCAUUCUCGUUGGGAGUGUCAGGGCUGGCCAUUGUCGGGCUGCACUUUGCGCACACCUCGGGUGAAGUGUUGCCGCUCUCGUGCAUAUUCGUGGCUCUGCCGGGAAUGUGCGUGAGCAUUCUGAACAGCUUGGUCGUGGACGUCUUCCCCACACACCUCAGGGCCAUGGCGGUCUGCCUGUCGCUCAUGAUGGGGCGCCUGGGAACGGCCUUGAGCAGCUACAUGCUGGGGGCGCUUCUCGACAUCAACUGUGAGGUGGUGGUGUUCGUGCUGGUCGGCAUAGUCGCAGGUUGUGCUGUUUUCUCAUUGUUUCUGCCAUCACCUGAGAAGAAAGUCACGUCUUUAUGAUAGAAGGCACUUGAUUUUUCACUUUAAAGAAGCCAAAAAAAGAACUGAAGGAAAAAUUGUGAUCAAUAAGAUGACUGAUUUGUUACAUGGCUUUAAUUUAUGUCAAUCACUGUAUAGUAUUCAUAAGUUGUAAUGUUGUUUAUUAAUUUUGUUAGUAAAGGUUGAUACUACUGUUGUUA